AUGGAGUGGAAUAACAGUAAAAUCCUAAGGAAUAAUCCUACAUUUGCUUCUCACCCUCUAGCUGAGAUCUCCUCCAGCAUCUUACACUGCCAUUCUAACAACUUGUUUGAUCAUUUUCCUGGGUUAGAGGCAAUAAAGCAACAUGGUAUACCCAUAGAAAUGAGGGCAUCAUCAACUGUAAUUCCAUGCAAUAACAGCAAUCAUCAGGAGAAGAUAAAAAGACGGCUAACGACGAAUCAGAUAGAAUUACUGGAGAACAGUUUUGAGGAAGAGAAGAAGUUAGAUCCAGAUAGAAAAAUGAAGCUUGCUAGAGAGUUAGGGCUUCAUCAUAGACAAGUUGCUGUUUGGUUUCAGAAUAGGAGAGCUAGGUGGAAGGCUAAGAAGCUUCAGCAUUUGUAUGAUGUCCUUAAACUUCAAUUUGAUGUUGUCUCUGAAGAGAAGCACAAGCUCCAAGAGGAGGUAGAAAGAUUGAAGUGUAUGGUUAUGGAACAAGACACAAGAAGAAAACAAGUCUGCAACAGCAACACAGAAGCCUCAUGUGAGGAGACUGUAGAAAGCACAUCCGCUGCAGCCCAAUAUUCUGAUCAUAACAAACCUAACUUUAGUGCACUUUCUGAUGAUUACAAUUACAAUUACAAUUACAAUUACAAUGUAGUCACACCAUCUUAUUGGGGUCCUCUUUCUCAUGAAAAUUACCUUAUGUCUCUAGACUAA